AUUAUAUCAUAGGGCUUAAAAAAAUCAAUUUUGAAGAUAUUCCUCAAUCCUCAUUUGUAUUGUAAUUUAUUUUGGUUCAUUCGUUUCCAUAUUAGCACAGAUAAUACUUUAGGUAAUUUAAAAUAACAGUCAACCGACACUCAACAUUAUAAUGGAAAACGCAAAUGCAAAUGUGACUGACAAUAACAUGGAUUUUGAUGCGUCUCAACUGGCCAGUGUUAAAGAGAUAUUUAAAUCAUAUAAUAAAUUAACAGAGCUAUGUUUUAUGGAUUGUGCAACAGAUUUUACAAUGGGUGAUCUUAAAAGUGAAGAAGUAAGGUGCGCUGAAAAUUGUACAAGCAAAUUUCUUAAAGCUUCUGAAAGAAUGACACAGCGGUUUCAGGAGUAUCAGUUGAUUAUGAAUGAACAUGUGAUUACUGCUCAACAAAAUGCCAAUGUAUAAAAUGUUACCAUUUAUAUAGUACAUAAAGACUUUUUUUUAAACACUUUUAAGUUGUAGAAUCAUAAAUAUACUUUAAAUGUAAUGUUAAA